CCCACUAUCACUCAGCCAAUGACCAAUAAAACAGCUCGAUCUGGUGACAGCGUCAAGUUGCGAUGUGGAGUCACGGGAACACCACGUCCCACAGUAUCUUGGAGAAAGAAUGGAAUGGUGAUUGGUCAGACUAAAGACUUUGUCCAGACAUAUGGCAACAAUAACAUCGCUACCCUGGAGAUCAAUGACGUCUGCCAACAGGAUUCUGGGAGUUAUGAAAUGAUCGCAAAGAAUUCCGGUGGAGAAAUUUCUUGCACUUGUCAACUCAUUGUUGAA